AUGGUUGGUACCGGCGGUCCGGUGGCCACCUUCUCCGUGUGGGACUAUGUGGUGUUCGCUGUGACCAUUUUGGGGGCAGCCGGUGUAGGCCUCUUCCAGGCCAUCCGAGGCCGCAAGGAGACCAGCAGCGACGAGUUCCUGCUGGGUGGGCGGCAGAUGACGGCCGUGCCGGUCGCCAUGUCGCUCACCGCCAGCUUCAUGUCCGGAAUCACGGUCAUCGGCACGCCCGCCGAGGCCUUCCGGUACGGGACGGCCUUCUGGCUCUUCGGCUUCGCCUACGCCAUCAUGUCCGUUGUCACUGCUGAGAUCUUUGUGCCGCUCUUCUACCGACUGGGGAUCACCAGCGCCUAUGAGUACCUGGAGAUGCGCUUCAGUCGUCCCGUUCGGCUCAUCGGGACGUCAAUGUACAUCGCACAGACGGCCCUGUACACCGGUCUGGUCAUCUACGCUCCAGCUCUCGCGCUUAAUCAAAUCACUGGACUUGAUCUGUGGGGAGUGUUGGUGGCUACUGGAGCGGUUUGCAUCGUCUACUGCACUUUGGGCGGCCUGAAAGCAGUAAUCUGGACAGACGUGAUUCAGAUGGUGAUCAUGCUGUCAGGGUUUGUGGCCGUCAUAGCCAGAGGAGCCGUACUGCAGGGAGGCCUGACCAAGAUCUGGGAAGAUGCUGGCGAAGGAGGCCGACUUAAGGCGUUUGAUUUUGACCCGGAUCCCCUGAAGCGACACACCUUCUGGACCAUCGUAGUCGGCGGUAGCGUGAUGUGGAUCUCCAUCUACUCAAUCAACCAGUCCCAGGUGCAGCGCUACAUCUCCUGCAAAAGCCUGGGACACGCCAAGAUGUCUUUGUAUGUGAACAUGGUCGGUUUGUGGGUGACCGUGAGUCUGGCCAUGUUUUCUGGCCUCACCAUGUACUCCAUUUACAAGAAUUGUGACCCGCUUACAAACGGUGAUAUAAGCACCAGUGACCAGCUGCUGCCCUACCUGGUGAUGGAUAUUCUGGCGGCUUACCCUGGAAUCCCGGGCCUGUUUGUGGCUGCUGCCUACAGCGGGACCCUUAGCACCGUGUCGUCGAGCAUUAACGCCCUGGUUGCCGUCACAGUGGAGGACUUUAUUCUCCCCGUUUGCAAAAACCUCACUGAGAAACAAGUGACCUGGAUGAACAUGGGUCUGAGUGUAUUCUUUGGUGCCGUGUGCAUUGGGAUGGCAGGAGUUGCCUCGGUGAUGGGAAGUAUUCUGCAGGCAGCUCUGUCCAUAUUUGGCAUGAUCAGCGGGCCUCUUCUGGGUCUUUACUUGCUGGGCAUUCUGUUCCGAACAUCGAAUUCAGUAGGAGGACUACUGGGAAUGAUCGCCGGUCUAGUGUUGACUCUGUGGGUGGGGAUUGGAGGCCAGAUUUACCCGCCGACAGACGAGAAGACAAAUCCUCUCCCCGUCAGUACCGCCGGCUGCAACAGCACCGCGAGCCACAACUACACGACGGCGGCUCCCUGGACCAGUUCGGUCACUCUGACCUCGCAGCACGACAUCCGACCGGCUCUGGCGGACUCCUGGUACUCUCUGUCCUACCUCUACUUCAGCCUGUUGGGCACAGUGACCACCGUCGUGUGCGGCCUGCUGGUGAGCAUGAUCACAGGUGGAUGCAAACAAGAGAAGCUGGACUCCAAACUGUUUGUGAGGAAGAGUGACCUGAUCUGCUUCAGCUACUUUAACAAAACAAAGGUAUUCGAUUUCAAAGAACACGCUACGACGGAGAUUCCCAUAAGAGCGAACGAGUCACCAUUCAAAGACUUUGACGUGAAGAAGAAAGACGUUGAGAAAGCCACCAAACUGUAACGCUGCUCUGUCAACACACUGUUCCUCGUGGAGACGUUUUCAUUUUAUUUUUUUGCUGAUGUGCUGCAUUUGAUUUGAAAAGAAGAAAAUAAAUCAACUCUGUUUACUGUA